AGAAAGAAAGUGAACGGAGAAUGAAGGAAUAUGAUGUGGAGUGGGAGGAGAGAUUCCUGACUGACUUUCCUCCUGUUUCCACGCGCAGGAGGAGAGGAGAUCAACUCAGGACUCUAAAAACAACGCGCCGAAGGGUCUAGGACGUCUUCCAGCAUUGCUAUUUCCCAAUCACUCUGUGUAAAGGCUGUCGAAGUUCCUCAAACGGACUUUUAAACACCUACAUUUACAGUCGCCAUCAUGUUAAGUGUCAGAGGAGUAUGACAGCAAGGAACAUUCUCUUUCUGUCCUGUAGAGUUGCUGUAAUUGCAUGAAACCAGUGUUGUAGCAUAGUGAAAGUGGUCUAGUACGUGUGGUUAUGGAGGGGUUUUGGGCUGUGGUGUUCCCUGUGCUGAGGAUCUGGUUCACCAGCGUGGUGGUCCUGAUCAUGCUGCCUGCCAUGUUUGGCAUCUCUCUCGGCAUCACAGAGACCUACAUGAAGCUCCUUAUCAAAUCCUUAGAGUGGGCAACACACCGAAUACAAAGAGCGAGUAGAGCAGAGGAAAUACUGAAACAUUCCGCAUCAAAUGGUUUAAUUCAGCGGGAUAAUUCCUCUUUGGAGCAGGAGAUUGAGGAGUUGCGUCGGAACAGGCCAAAGUCGGCCGAGCGUGGAGACUUCACUCUGAGCGACGUCCUGUACUUCACCAGGAAAGGCAUUGAGAGCAUAGUGGAAGACGAUGUCACGCAGAGAUUCACCUCAGAGGAGCUGGUGUCCUGGAACCUCCUCACCCGAACCAACUACAACUUCCAGUAUAUCUCUCUCAGGCUCACUGUAUUGUGGGUGGUUGGCGUGGUUGUGAGAUACUGCAUAUUGCUUCCUCUACGGAUUACGCUGACAACUAUAGGGCUGAGCUGGUUGGUAAUUGGCACAACGAUGGUGGGUUUCCUUCCUAAUUUCAGAAUGAAGGGUUGGUUGAGUGAACUAGUCCACGUCAUGUGCUACAGGAUCUGUGCAAGAGGUCUUUCAGCUACGAUUCACUACCACAACAAACAGAACAGACCUAAGAGAGGAGGCAUUUGUGUUGCUAAUCACACUUCGCCAAUUGAUGUUGUUAUUCUGGCUAAUGACGGCUGUUAUGCCAUGGUUGGGCAGGUUCAUGGUGGUUUAAUGGGAGUUGUCCAGCGCGCCAUGGAGCGAUCUUGUCCUCAUAUAUGGUUCGAGAGAGCAGAGAUGAGAGACCGCCACCUAGUGACACAAAGAUUAAAAGAUCAUGUAAAUGACAAAACAAAGCUGCCAAUACUCAUCUUCCCUGAGGGAACUUGCAUCAAUAAUACAUCAGUAAUGAUGUUUAAAAAGGGAAGUUUUGAAAUUGGAGGAACUAUUUACCCCGUGGCUAUAAAGUACGACCCUCAGUUUGGAGAUGCAUUUUGGAACAGCAGCAAAUAUAGCAUGGUGAGCUAUUUGCUGCGGAUGAUGACGAGCUGGGCGAUCGUGUGCAACGUCUGGUAUCUGCCUCCAAUGACACAGAAGGAAGGAGAGGAUGCUGUGCAGUUUGCCAACAGGGUGAAAUCAACCAUUGCACAACAAGGAGGUUUAGUGGACUUGGCCUGGGAUGGAGGUCUGAAGAGGGCAAAGGUGAAGGAUUCGCUCAAGGAACAACAGCAGAAGAAGUACAGUCACAUGGUGGUGGGCGAUGACAGCAGUGAUUGAACACUAGAGCUUGAUAUACUCAUUCACCAAUCACUGGAAAUAUGUCAACUUGUUGACAAACGUACAGGAGGGACUAUUUAUACUACUGCUGCUAUAAUACAGUUGAAAGAUGUUUAUAAAUGGGGUUAAAAAAUAAAUAGAAAUAAAAAAAAUAAUUGUAUUGCAAAUGCUAUAGAUCCCAGUGUCUUAUGGGCUGCACUGCUUUUCUGUGAAGAGUUUUAUUUGAGUGAAAAAGCUUUUGUGUUUUAUCAAUACCUCUUUGUGAGAGUUCAUUUUUGAAAUUCAGAAUAUGUAAAACGGACAAAAUUGUAAAUGCAUGAUUAGGGUUAAUAUUCAGUGCAGUGUAUGCUAAUUUAUUUCUCAAAUAAACGUUUGUGCUUUUUUAA